AUGCUAAAUGAUUGUGGAAUGCUUGAUUUUCCUUAUAAAGGAAACUCUUUCUCCUGGGUUGGAAGAAGACGGUCGGGCAAAGUCAAAUGCCGCCUUGACAGAGCUCUCGGAAAUGAAGAAUGGAUGUCUAAAUUUUCCCACUCCUCUGUGGAGUACAUGAAACUGUGGGGAUCAGACCAUCGUCUAGUCCUCGCUAUGAUCAAAAUUAACAACAUAAGGAGGAAAAAAUCUUUUCGAUUUGAUAAAAAAUGGAUCGGAAAACCAGGAUUCAAAGAGACAGUCGUUUCUGGGUGGGGCCCAUUUGAUGAAUUCUCACGUAGAGAUUUUCAUCAAAAGGUUACCCAAUGCCGGAAAAACAUCUCCAUUUGGAAGAAAUCCAACCCGUCUAACUCAGAAAGAAUGAUAGAAGAAUUGAAAAAUCAACUGGACUUAGCUCAAGAUGAUGAAAACACAACGCUUGAAGAAAUUGAAGAAAUUAGGAGGAAGCUCUGUGUAGCCCUUAGGGAAGAAGAAAUGUUUUGGCAACAGAAAAGCCGAGAAAAAUGGCAUAAAGACGGCGAUAAAAAUACCAAAUUCUUCCACGCACUCACUAAACAGAGGCGAGCCCGAAACCGUAUUGUAGCUCUAAAAGACAGCAAUGGACAUCUGGUAGAAAAUGCAAGGGGAAUCGAACGGGUGGCAUUGCAGUAUUUUCAGAAACUUUUUUCCUCGUCUAUACCCUCUGAUCUAGAAGAUUCACUCCGGUUUAUCACCGAGAAAGUCUCAGAUAAUGAUAAUGAAUUUCUUCUGAAGGAUCCGUCAGAAAAUGAAAUAAAAGAUGCUCUCUUCGAUAUUAACCCGGACAAAGCCCCAGGACCUGAUGGUAUGACAAGUAAAUUCUAUCAAAAAUUCUGGCGUUUCCUCCGCCAAGACAUAGUAAAAUUGGUCCUGAUUAAUGGAGAACCCAAAGGAAAUAUCAAACCGUCGAGAGGCUUGAGACAAGGAGACCCUCUAUCCCCUUUCCUCUUCAUCCUGUGUACUGAAGGACUAAUAUCUCUCCUCAAGGGAGCUGAGGAAGAAGAUCGCAUUUCUGGGCUAAAAAUAGCUCAAGCAAGUCCUCCAGUUUCCCAUCUCUUCUUCGCUGAUGAUAGUCUGUUUUUCUGUAAAGCGGAUAUCCAUCAGGGAGCGGAAAUAUUCAAAAUUAUUGAUACUUAUGGAAAAGCGUCAGGACAACAACUUAAUCUAGGCAAAUCAUCCAUCAUGUUUGGUAAUAGAGUGGAUCCAAAUCUUAAACGAAGUAUCAAAAAUUCCAUCGGCAUCACUUCGGUAGGUGGAAUGGGUAUGUAUCUGGGCCUUCCAGAACAAAUCUGUGGAUCAAAGAAGAAGGUCUUCUCCUUUGUACAUGACCGACUUAGUAAUCGGGUAAAUAAUUGGUCUGCAAGACUUCUAUCCAAAGGUGGGAAAGACAUUCAGAUAAAAUCGGUGGCUCAAGCAGUCCCUACUUACGUCAUGUCUUGCUUUCUUUUGCCUAAAGGGGUUACUGACAAACUCCGGAGUGCCAUCGCCAAUUUUUGGUGGAGCUCGAAACAAAAUAGCAGUGGGAUCCACUGGAUCGCUUGGGACAAAAUUUGUAUUCCUCAGGAUAUGGGAGGUCUGGGAUUUAGGGAUUUAAAUGAUUUUAACCUAGCUUUGCUUGCUAAGCAGCUAUGGAGACUCAUCCAAUACCCUUCUUCUCUUCUGGCCCGAGUGCUAAGAGGAAGAUAUUACCGACAAUCAGAUCCUUUAGAAGAUCGAAAUGUCUAUUCACCAUCUUAUGGAUGGAGGAGUAUGUUGGCCGCCAAACCGUAUCUCAAAAUGGGACUUAGGAAGACAAUCGGGUCGGGACUCAACACCAGAGCCUGGAGUGAGCCUUGGAUCCCCGAUGCCAGGGCCCGAUCUCCAAGAGCAGCCCCUCAGAUCGGCUUUCAGGAUCCAGGAAUGUUAGUCUAA